AUGGCGUCUUUACGGAGAGUCCAACACCUCUCUUUCUCUCACGUCCCUUCUCCUUACAUUCAACCACCCCAUGAAAGACCCUCUUUAUCUCUAAACCCUAAUUUUAAUAAAACCCAAGUUCCUGUUAUUGACCUUUGCAACUUCGAUCCCGAGUUUUCCAGCCUUGUCCAACACCAAAUCAAACAAGCUUGCCAGAAGUUGGGAGCUUUUCAAGUAAGAAACCAUGGAGUUUCAGAUAAAUUGAUAGAAGAUAUGAAGAGGAUAGGCAUGGGUUUCUUUGAUUCGAGCUUGGAUUAUAAGACCAAAUAUGCUUGUGAUGCUAAUUUUGCAGCGAGUGAGGGUUAUGGUAGUAGGAUGCUGGUCAAAGAGGAAG